ACGCCGGAAGCGCGGCGGAGUCUCGUUGCGUUGCGCUGCGCCGCGCCGCGCCGGCGCUCCUGUUAUGGCCCGGGAGCUGAUCGGGCCGGCGCUGCCCCCGGGCUUCCAGCGCUGCCCCGAGGCGGACCCCGACGAGGACUUCACGCAGGUUGCAGGACCUGCAUUGCCUCCAGGCUACAAAAGCAGCUGCAGCUCAGAAACGUCUAACAGUGAUGAAGACCCAGAGUUUCUUCCUUUGCUCAGAGAGAUGGAUAGAGAUUCUGAAGAGCCAGACACAGAUCCAGCACCCAAAAAACCAAAGAGAGUGCAGAAAGAUGACAGUGAUGGCUUUUUUGGACCUGUUCUUCCUCCUGGAUUUAAAAAAGAGGAUGAUUCUCCAGAGAGGCCUGUUAUAGGUCCUGCAUUGCCACCUGGGUUUAGGAAACCUUCACAAGACUCUGAGGAGAACAGCUGUCCCGUAGGACCUUCUGUUCCUCCACAAUUCAGUUCCCAGGGAUCCAAACUACACAGCAGCAUGUGCACUACUAAGGAAGGUGCCCUGGCAGCAGAUAGUAGUGAAGAGGAUGAUGAUCUCAUAGGUCCGAUGCCUGCCAAAGGACCAGUGGAAUCUGAUGUCACUAGAGAGUUUGAAUACAGAGCUCAAAGGAUGAAAGAAAAGCUUACUUGUACAGACGAUGAUGGGUCCAAGCGAGUUACAAGGGAAUCUUGGAUGACAGAGCUUCCACCAGAAUUGAAAAAAUUUGGAUUGGGUCCAAGAACUUUCAAGAGAAGAGCUGAUGACAAAUCAGGAGAUAGAUCAAUUUGGACAGAUACUCCAGCUGACAGAGAGAGGAAAGCCAAAGAAAUGCAUGAGGCAAAGAAGUCAACCAGUAAGGGUGAUGAAGAAAUUGUAUUUUCGAGGAGGGACAAGAGACUGGCUGAGCAAGUAUCUUCAUAUAAUGACUCAAAGAGACCAGAAUCUCUCAUGGAUAUGCAUCACAAAAAAUUAAAGAGCAAAGCCACAGAAGAUAAGAACAAGCCUCAGGAGAGAAGGCCAUUUGAUCGAGAUCAGGACCUCCAAGUCAAUCGAUUUGAUGAAGCUCAGAAGAAGGCUCUUAUCAAGAAAUCCAGAGAGCUAAACACCAAAUUUGAACAUAGCAAAAGCAAUAUGUUUCUAUAAUGCAAAAGACAUGAAGUUGAGGUGAAGUAUAUUAAACAUUAAGUAUUUCUUCAGUAUUUUAAGUACCUUUUCUGUAAAUAUCUUUUUCUAUUUGUAUGCAAAAUAAAUAUCUUAAUGAUUA